AGCGGACCCUCAGACUGCAGCCCUCUUUUGCUUUGCCCCGAACACUCGACGAAAAAAAGUGACAUGGAGGGAGACAUAGUAUCCCACACCAAGUCACAUUUUGACCAUGCGAACGAAAUCACUGAACUACUCAACAUCCUGCUAACUGGAACCGAUGCGGACAAGGGCGCGAAAAUUAUUAAACGUUUAAGCGAGAUUCUCGACAUGUACCAAGAACAAUCUCAUUUGAUGGAUCCCUACUUGGAGAACCUUGUUGGGCCUGUCAUUGUGAAACUCAGAGAAUAUGUGGAGCGUCCACAAGAUUUUUCACCCAAUUCGACAGGGCACUUGCUUUUCCGAUAUCUCUACUUGGUAACAAAAACGCGGGGAUACAAGACCGUAGUGAAAUUCAUGUCGCAUGAUGUUGCUGAUUUGGAGCCCGUUUUCGAAUUUUUAUGCGUCAUGGAUGAUCGAUCCGUACCCUGGGAGACACGCUAUAUCUGUUUCAUUUGGCUAUCGCUGAUUUGUAUGAUCCCGUUUGAUCUAAAACGCGUCGAUAGUGCAUCCAACACUGAGGCUUCGUUGAUAUCGCGAAUGUUUAAUGUGUGUAAAGAGUUUCUGAAAUCAACAGGAAAAGAACGUGAUGGUGCUGGUUUAUUGUUAGCACGAUUACUUAGCAGACGCGAUAUAGGCGAUGCAUUAAUGCCUUAUAUCGACUGGACAAAGAUGCGACUUAAUUCAGAUGCAGAUGUAUUUGAGAUUACCGGUAUUCUAUCAAGCUUGUGCUCAAUAUACAUAUACGCAUCACGUGAAGUGCUAUUGCCAACGCUGGACAAUGGUGUGAUACCACUGCUUACGAUGGAUUUCUUCGAUAAAUACGAGAACAACUCUUUGGUUCGCAAACUACGUACAAAACUUACUCAACGCGUUGGAUUAUGCUAUCUCAAACCAAAAAUUGCACCAUGGAGGUAUCAACGCGGCCAUCGCUCAAUGCGACAGAAUCUGGGCGACGGGUCAUCCACUGCAACAGCAAAAGCAGGUGAUCUGAUAGAUCUUGAGAGUGGUAGUCAAGGUAACACUGAUGACGACGAAUACGUAUCGGAUAAUCUGGAAACUGUGAUUGAUAUUCUGCUUAAUGGCUUGCGUGACAAGGAUACUAUUGUGCGAUGGUCUGCCGCUAAAGGCAUUGGUCGCAUUACCCAACGAUUGCCACAUGAACUUGCUGAAGAUGUGAUUGAUUAUUUGCUGGAACUAUUCCAAGAAAACACGCUGAUAAGCCCAUCCACUCUCAAACUGGAUCUGAGUGCUGUCUCAGAUAGUACAUGGCACGGUGCUUCACUUGCAGUUGCAGAACUCGCUCGUCGUGGACUAUUGCUUCCUCACCGUUUGAAAGAAACCAUCCCAUGGAUUAUGCUGGCGUUGAAAUUCGAUUUAAAGCGAGGAUCCCACUCGAUUGGUGCACAUGUACGCGAUGCAGCUUGUUAUGUAUGUUGGUCAUUCGCAAGAGCAUACGCGCCCUCUGUAAUGGAACCGUUUGUCGGUCAUAUUGCCAAAAACCUAGUGGUCGUAUCUGUGUUCGAUCGAGAAAUUAAUGUUCGUCGCGCAAGCAGUGCCGCUUUUCAAGAGAAUGUGGGGCGACAGGGUAUUUUUCCGUGUGGUAUAGACAUCAUCCAGCUAGCUGAUUAUUUUAGCCUUGGUAACCGGAGCAAUGCUUUCUUAAGCGUCGCUUUUGAAAUCGCGAAAUACAAAGAUUAUACCGACACUUUGGUCAACCAUUUGGUAUCAACCACCACAAGACAUUGGGAUAAGGCAAUGCGCGUGUUGGCUGCAUCUGCUCUACAAAGACUUGCUACGUUGCAACCGUAUUACUUUAUCAAUUUGAUACUACCUGAUCUCGCUCCUUAUGCUGUACAUAAAGACAUGCAGAUUUCACAUGGCGCUCUACUUGCAACCGCAGAGAUCUGCCUUGCAUUGAAACAGUGCAGAGACAACGAUACUGAGCUGGAAGCUUAUUGGCAAUCCAAGCAGCAGCUAAUUAAAGAGCUGGGCUCGAUCCCUUCCCGGAUUCCUCCAAAGUCACUGACUACGUUUGGGUCUGAACAUAUUCGAGAAGCUGUCUGCCGACUUGUUGAAUCUAUGGCUAUUGUGCAUAUACCAAACUUUCCGAUUGUUGUCGAAAAGCAAGUUAUGACGACGGCUUUAGAUACUUGGAAGAAUAUGGUACAUUCAUCGCUGGAACGCAAGGAAGAAAAUGUGCAGGAAUUUGCCGUUGCUGCCUUUGGUGCAAUUGCCGCUACAUAUGGUAUAUCAAAGGAAGAGACGUAUACAUGCUUAGACAAAAUUGCCUCUGCACGUUUGGUGUAUGGCCGACGAGGCUACGCUCUUGCUCUAGGCAAGGUGUCGUAUCUGGUAGAUGACCGAAGAGCCUGGCUUCCAGAUGUUCUAAGACAUCUAUGCUCGGCGGCCCAAGUCCAGCAGGAGCAACAAGCAAAUGAUGCAGAAGCGAAGCGUAAUGCGGUGAUUGGUUUGAGGAAUAUCAUUGUCAACGUUGACGGCGAGUUCAAGCAAGUGUUGUCAAAAGAUGAUUUCGAGGCGCUGCUGAAUAGCCUACAACUCUGUCUGGCGGAUUACAGCACGGACCAGCGCGGCGACGUUGGUUCGUGGGUUCGCUCAGCUAGUAUGGAAUGUUUACAGUGCUUGUUACCCCUCAUUGCUCGAAUUGACGCAACCUCGCCUCCAGAGACGUGCUUUUUGACAACUACGGGUAUUACACGCGUCAUUGCUGCUUUGCUAAAGCAGAGUGUAGAGCGCAUUGAUCGAGUGCGAGACUGUGCCGGCACAGUGCUAUGUGAUUUGCUUUAUACAAAGAGCACCAAAAAUCCAGUGCUAUUAGAUAUACCCAAUCGAGAAAUGUUAGAAAAAUACAUAACAAGUGACAUAUCUUGGUCAUCACCAGCUGAUCUUUAUCCAGUGAUGACACAUAUCCUGAGUGCCGAACCAUAUCGUUUUGAAUUAUUGACAGGUUUAAUCUCUAGUGCCGGUGGUUUGACAGAGUCAUUGGUACGCCACUCAAGCUCUUGCCUGAUCGAUUAUAUGAACAGCUUACCAACCACUUCAUCAUAUGGUUCCGUAUCACUAGAAAAUAUGGCACGUAACCUACUUCAGAUCUUCACAAACUAUGAAAAACAGGAUCGCGUAAUACUACCUUUAAUGGAUGUUGUUGGACUGCUGUAUGAAUCUGGAACGCUUGGUAAAAUAGAGAAAGAUGUCAUACAUAAUAAUUUCCUCAUCGCUGUACGCAAAGAGUGCUUCAAAAGUAAAAAUAUUCGCAAGCUUCUGUCAGCAACAAAAGUGUACGCUGGUAUGACGUCGUUGCAGUGUAGCCAAGUCAAAGUCAAGGCGAUUCAGCAAAUGCUGUCUUAUCUCAUCCAUGCGUUCCCAAGGGUGCGGAUGGAAGUGUCGGAUCAGCUCUACACGUACAUAUCCGUGCUUGACGACGAAGAAAUGACUGAAGGAACAAUGAAGGCAGAGGAGAUUAUCACAGGAACCGAUUGGUCGGGGGCAUUGCCCGAGAUUAAAGCUACACGCGAUAAGCUUUACGGUCUCCUAAAAGUACCGAAACCUGUACUUAAGGCUACCAAAAAGUAAAUCGGUGGCUUAUUCCUUGAUAUUUUUCAUGCAUGAAUUUUAAAAAAAGUGAAUCCCUUUGUA